UGCUGGACUCAACACAUCUGAAAGCAUCAGUUUCGCAAACAUGGCCACCCUGAGCUCGAAGCCAGGCUUGCGUUACAGUGUGUCUGACUGGGCGACUAAUAAUACACAGAUAUCACACACUGCUGAGAACAAGCGCAAUAUUUCACACGAGAUACGCCAGGAAGGAAGAGCUCUGCGCAAUGAGACGACCAGUAAGACAAACUGGGAUGAGUAUGACAGCAGCAGGCGACUGAGUGACAGAAUCAUUGACGUCGCGCGCUGGAAGGAGAAUCUGAAAGCUUGUGCACAGCAAGUGGAUGCAGAAAUGGACGCUCUUACUCUGUCCAAGGAGGAGACAGAACGAGCCCUUGCUGCCACUGUUCUGCCCCUUGAAGUCACUGCGGAGUGCUUGAACCACAGGGAAGGUCGUCGUAACAAGGAGCUGGUCAGUGACCCUGUAGAAGCUGAACUGAAGAAGGAAGUAGAGGUGAUUGAUGGAGCACAACGCUUCCUUCAGCAGUGCAUUGAUCAGGCCUUUGAACAGCUGUGUCGUUUACAGGUAGCACGGCAACAGCUGACCAUUGACCUUCAGGAUAAAAUAGAGGCCCUUGAUGUGGACAUGUCAUGCUUGUCUCUCACUAUACAGUCACCUGAGAUCUCCCUGAAGCCAAACCCCACGAGAGUGCCCCCCGGUUCCACAACUCCACAGCAGUGGGAGCAGUUCAGCCGAUACAAUAUAAACCGAGCUAAAGAAGAGAUGCAGGCCUCUGUGCAGAUAAGAGAGAUCAACAGCAUCACAAGAGCACAGGUGCAGAAUGAUCUGGAGGCACAAAAAAUGGCAGUGGAGUUUGCUCUCCGUAAGCGAACUCACCACGAGGAACAGGCCUAUCACGAAAUGCAAUGGCAGCUAAAAAUUACUCAAGAAGAGAUUGCUGAUCUGGAGAAGGACAUUUGUGGCCUAGAGGAGGACAUGCAGGCCAAGACGGCUCCUCUAAAGCUGGUCCACACCCGUCUAGAGAAUAGGAUCAAGAGGCCUGGCAUGGACUUGUGUCGAGAUGAGGUUCAGUUUGGUUUGGUGGAUGAAGCCAAGCAACUGGAAGCCACCAUUCUGGCACUGAAACAGAAGCUAGCACAGGCCCAGCACUCUCUGCAGUCUCUGAAACAGCAUGAAGCACAGAUGAUAGAGGAAUUGUCUCGUAAGCAGGACGCCCUGUCGCUGGAGCAGCGCAGCAGCCAGACCCAUCAGCACCUGACUCUGGGGGUCCAGACUGAGGGUCUUCCUUCAGCCGUGGUGCCUCUCACCAACUCUAGUGGCAGACACAAGCUGGACCUCGCUUGAGUUGACACCCUGAUUCUUACCUCAUACUUAAGACCUUUACAACAACAACAUUAAUCCAUCAGUCAACAGAUUACUGUUUUAUGUUUGGGAAGGGAAGAUAAUGUCAUACGAAAGCCUCUAUUUAGACUGGACUUUGACUGUCAGUGAUGAACAUGAUAAAAAAAAUGGGUGACACAAAUCUAUGCCCAUCUACUGGUGAGGAUUUAUCAGUUCUGUUGAAGUUAACUGCUACACUAAUGUAUCUAAAUGGGACUAUUUUGCGAAAUAACAAGGAGGAAGGUGUUUUUUAAUGAGGUUAAGUGCAUGGAAAUAUGACAGAGCUCAAAUCGUGGUUGGUCACAAGAGAAUGAUCAGUUUAGAUUUAAAGGCCAUUAUAUGAAGACUAAGGUGCUACUUUUGGUGUUGAUAUUUUUGUUGUUUUUGCUGUUUGUAACUGUUCUUAUAAUCCUAAAAUUGAGGUUGUACGCAGUUACUGAACUGUUUUCUUUGGUUUUCAUGCUCAGUGUCUUUAAAUAUAUAAUUUGCUGUGGUUAGGCAUGCUUGGUUUGAUCUGGUAUUGUUUGAAAUGUAAUUAAACUAUUUAGAAUGUACUAAAUUCACUGGUUUUAAUCAUUUAAUUUUAGAAUUUAUUGAAGCAUUUAUCU